AUGGCUUCCCGACCUCGCCGCUCCGCGGCUAAGAAGGCCCAAGAGCAGAUUACUGACUGGGCCGACAGCGAACGAAACAGCACCAUGUCUGGCCGUCCCCGCCGUUCAGAGGGCCGCACCUCGGGUGUCUCCCGCGGCCCGCCGUCUUCCCCUGGAAGCGAGCAUUUGAACCUUACCGUCAAAGUACCCGCCAAUAAGCUUCGUGAGGCCACCAGCAGGGGGAGAAACUCGACUGAGAACAGCAUCUCGGUCAACAGCCGGGCCUCUUAUGGAAGUGAGAUUGUCGCCGGGAGACGCAACCGCGGCCCCAAGAAGAGCUACGUUGUCGAGUCGGAUAGCGACGAGGAAGAGGAAGAAGACGAGGAGAUGGAGGAGCCUGAUGCCGAGGGCGAUGAGGACGACAUGGAUGUCGAUGCUGAGGGUGAAGAGGAGGACGCCGAUGGUGACGUCGACAUGGACACCCCUGCCGCCCCCACCAUCAAGAUCUCGCUGCCCAAGGCUGGCAAGGUCACUCCCCGACGACCAGCGGCGGCGAGGGUUAUUGAGGACGACGACGAUGACGAAGAGGAGCUCAGCGAGAUCGAAGUCAGUGACCCCGAGAACACGAUGAACAUGAGCAUCGAUGUGGGGGGUGCGGGCGAUGACGAUGACGAUGAGGACGAGGACGAGGACGAAGAUGAAGAGGAUGCCGAGGGCGAGGAAGAUGAGGCUGAAGGCGAGGAGGAGGAAAUCGAAGUGGCCGACGAGACGGCACAGCCGGAUGCCGAGGAGCUCGAUAGUGAACUCGGCAGCCGCGAGGGUACGCCCGACCUGACUAAAAUGACGAGAAGACAGCGUGCUCGCUUCGAGGACGAGCCUCAGCAGUACAUGAAGCUUUCGGAUGAGGUCCAAGCAAAGAAGGUGUUCACGGCGGAAGAGCUGUCGAUGAGAAGGCUGGAAAUGGCUCGUCGACGACGAAACCUGUCGGACAAGCGCAAUGAAGAAAUGGAAACCAUCAACAAACUGCUGAAGAAGCAAGCCCCCAAGACUAAGGGUAAGGGCGGAGGCGUGGGCGACGAGACGCCAGGCAACGAGUCUCAGAAGCCCGACGUCGCGUUUAUCCGCUGGGUCAACUCAAAGAAGGGCAGCGUGGUCGCGGUGCCCGACGAGAUGCUCGGAGGGCCGGCGGGCAAGGUGUUUGUGCCCGGAGGCCUGAAGUCCGGCAAGAUGGUUGAGGAGGUUGCAUAA